ACAAAAGGCAAAAGAGGAAAUUUGAAGCUAGAACGGUUGUAAUGAUCCAUAUAUUUAGAGAAAUCCACUGAUUUAGAUCGAUCACAUCGCGGUUUCUUCGCUAAGAUCCGUUUCAAUAGAUCAAAGCUCAAAAUAGCAACGCUGCAACGCAGAGCUCGCGCCGUUAAAUGGAUGGAGCCGCCGGGGACGCUGACGGUCUCCACGGCGGAGCGAUGCGGGCAAAAGCUCGGAGCUUGAACAGCCGGCGGUGGCCGGAGACUGAGGGGAGCUGGGAAGGUGAAAACUCGCUGGCGCCAAGUAUGGCCCAGGAAGAGCUUCAAUCUCGCCGUCCAUUAAGCAGGUGGUUCCGCUUUGAGAUCGGCGGGGUGCGUGAUGAACGGUCGAUGGACGGCGCGGAUGCGCACCCAACCGUCGCCCGUCCGACGCCGAGUCGCUACUUGGACUGGGAAUCGAGAUCGCAGCAUGAUCAAAGAAGAAGAAGGUACUCUCGUCAGCGAUUUGAUCGGUUUCCUCAUCAAAGAUUUGCAUUCUCCUCUUUCUCCUUGUCCUAAUCUGUUCCUCUCUCGUCUUCGCCUCUUCUGCUUCCGGUAAUCUCGUGCAAGAAA